AUGGGGGCCGAGGCGUGCGCCGGCGCGGUGAGCACGUUCGGGGCCCGGUCGGCGAGCGUGCACGGCGACGGAGGGGAAGAGGAGGGAAGGCGGAGGCCGAUGGCCUCACCGGCGUUGCAGAGAAGCGGGGCGGCGAGGCUCGGGGGCGACCGUUGUGGAGGAGGAUGGGGACGAGGCGUCGUGGCCGUGUCGGGGAGGCGGACGCAGUCCGGCGGGGAGGAGGACGGGGACGCGGCGACGGCGGGGCAGCGUCAGGCGAGGUCAGCUCUGGGCGGCGGCGAUCCGGAGAGGGGCCUGCCUAUCAUUGGCCCCGGGGGGCCUAGAGGGUUCGGCGGGUUCGGGUGCUGGAGCGGGCAACGGGCACCUGGGCGCGCGCUCGUCGGCAGGGAGUACGGCGGGGCGAGGCCACGGGCGCGACGUGCUCGCGCGUGGGCGCGGGCUGGGGAAAGCGAGGGCGCGGCGAGGCGGGCGAGCAGAGCAGCGGCAGUGGGUGCGGGCGAGCAGGGGGCGGACUCGCCCGAACGGCACAAGGCGAUGGCGACGGUGCGGCCGGCAGCGGCGACCAGCACCGUGGCACAGCGUCCGGAGGCGAGCGCCGGAAAGGGGGAAGAGGCAUCGCGGGGAGAGGGACGGGGGCCGAGGCGUGCGCCGGCGCGGUGA